AUGUCUAUAAAAGAUAUUUUUCAAUCCCUUGCUAAUAGCACUCUUGCUUUUCAACAGAAAAUGAAAUUGAGCAUACAAAAUUUGGAGAAUCAAAUGAGCCAACUUGCUAUAUCAGUGAGCAAGCUGGAAUCUCAAGGGAAAUUGCCCUCCAAACCAUGCCAAAUCCAAACUAGAACGCAAGUGCAAUUACGCAGAAGCGAAAAAGAAUUAGAAUCUGCCAGCCCUAAGAGGCUUGCCCAAGGCAGUAUGACAAACCUGAUGGCAGAAGCAAAAAUAGAGAUUCUAGUAGAGAACCAACCCCAAAAAUCAGAGACCAAAGUAGGGGAGAAUGUGUCAGCUGUGCUUCAAAGAAAAAUUCCACAAAAAUAUAAGGAUAAAGACAUGUUUGCAAUAUCAUGUAAAGUUGGAAACCUUGAAGUCAAGAAAGCAAUGUGUGAUUUAGGAACUUCCAUAAAUGUUAUGCCUCUGUCAGUUAAUUUGUCUUUGGAUGCAGGUCCUUUGAAACAAACAAAUAUCAUACUCCAACUCGUCGAUAGAUCAAUAGUUUAUCCUAAAGGCAUGUUGGAGGAUGUUUUGGUCCAAGUGGAAAAAUUAAUUUUCCUAGUAGACUUCUUUGUCUUGGACAUGAAAGAUGAUAGUUCAUCCAACUCUACAGAUUUAUUGCUAGGAAGACGAUUCCUUAGCACAGCUAGAAUGAAGUUCGACAUGCACGAAGGCACGCUAACAAUGAAGUUUGAUGGAGAAGAGGUAAACUUUAAUGUCUAUGAUACAAUAAAGUAUUAUGCUGAUAAUUUUUCUCUUUACAGCAUAGAUAUAGUUGAUCCUCUCGUUCAAGAAGCGUUUGAAUUAAGCAAGAAAGACAAGUUGGAGGUAGUUUUAAUCCAAAACUUGACAAUGGACAGCCUUGACAAUAGCAUAUCGCAAUUCAAUGAAGAAAUUAUAGAAAUAAUCUAUUUAUUAGACACUUUGAGCUACAAGGAACCAAAACUUGAGUUGAAAAUACUUCCAGCUCAUUUGAAAUAUGUAUUUUUGGGAAGUAAUAACACACUUCCAAUCAUAAUUUCCUCUAAGAUGAAUCCUUUAAAAGCAAAUAAGUUGAUUUGGGUGCUGAAUGAAUAUAAAGAUGGAACUGGAUGA